AUGAUUUAUCUAUUAAAAAAUACUUUCAAUAAAUUCAUACGUUCCACAUCUAUAAAAGGUAAAAAUGUUUGGACUUUUGAUACAAGCAGCUUUGGCAGCAACAAACAAGAUGGCAACCGGAGAGUUGGACGUGGCAACAAAGGGAACAAAUCAACCAAUCUUAAUACAGUCUGUGAUACAUCACCAACUACACCAAACGCUCCACCUCCCAAGAAACACUGCAGAUCAUUGUCUGUGCCACCAGAUCAGUCAAUGUCGCCAUGGCAACCGAUUAUAUAUAAGCCAAUUCCUGUGAUUUAUAACAAAGAUUUUAACCUUCAUUCCACUAAAUUUAGUGCUCAAGGUCCGGUGAAAGAUGCGUCUGCAUCAACAAGAUCAAAUUUUACAAAAAGUUUUUUUCAUUCUGCCUCGCCA